CGUCAGUCAUCAAAACCAAACUCUCGAGUGCAGACGAUAAGCGCUUGCGAGAAUUCAUUUUGUGUCCGUGUACGCCAAACAAUAACAACCCACUCCAAUCCACUCCCCCCCAAAAAGAUAUGUGUAUUUUCAACAAUAGCCACAGUCAUAAAACAGUAUAAAACAAAAACAAUCGACACAGUGCGUGCGUGUGUAUGUGUUUGAGUGUUUGUCUUGCUGUUGUCCAGCAAUCAAUCGCCGAAGUCGAAAAGUCAAAGAGUCCAAAGAGUCGCCACAGAAAAACAAAACAAAACACAGCACAGCCCAGCACAGCAACACAACAAAUCAGUGCAGCAGCCCGCGAGAAGUGCAUCCAUAUUGCUCUCUGGCGAGUGUGGUCUCUGUGUGUGGGUGUCUCUGCAUCUAAAUCUCUGCCGCCCUGUCGGUGUGUUUGAGUGUGUGUGUGUGUCUGUGUGUCGGAGAAAAACUCGAGAAAAAGUGAAACGACCGGCAACCAGCGAAAGCAGCGCGAAAGCAAAGAGCAGUAAUAAGAAUCCAGCAAACAAAAGAAAAAUCUACGAUAACGUGUGUGAGAACUACGGGAAAAAGCUUAAAUUUUAUGUGAGCCCCAACCAGCACCAAUCAUUCCCCUCACCUGAUCGACCGAUUGACUGAUUGAGACUCCCCCCCACACCGUGUUAGCCCCCAAACUGACGUUCAAAGCGGCCAAAAUUGGAUUAUGCUCAGGCACAAACGCAACUGCCACGCCAUUCAGACGCCCAGCGACGACGAGCAUGUGAAACUAAAGACGAGUGGUGCCCCGAUUGAUGCACUGCAUCCACUCCCAACCCAAUCGCAGUCACUGUCAUCCUCCUCGUUGCUGCUGCUGCCGCUACUCCUGCUCAUCCUGCAGCGCCUGCAGAACAAUCAGCGCCUGAAUCAACGCGUCACCUUCUCCCUGGAGCUGUACCACAAGAACGUGAUCAAGAAAUUGCCUGCCCUCAAGCAGCUCGAGGUAUACAAGCUGACUAAAAACAUCUCACAGACUUAAGUUCCCCCAAGCCCCAUCCAAAAUUCAAAGCAAAAA